CGCGUGACAGGAAUGUACAACUGCAGGGUGAGUGAAUGUUGCACGAUCAGGGCUAAAGUUGUACGGGGCUUGUGGACAUGGAAUGGCAGGGGCACCCGACAACACUCCAGCCCUCCACCGGGCAACAUGGCCGCCUCCACGGGCUCCAGACCACCACCGAGCAAAACAGCGGCCAGGAGGGAGGCUUUCCCUCGGAACUGUCCCAGAAAAGGACGGGAGCUACACAACUGGAACUCGCCGGCUCUAGUCAAGAUGGCGGGGCUACGCAGUAUGUUUAUGUGGCGGCGGAGAGCUCGGAGACGGACUCCCAGCACCAAGGAUCGGCCCAAACGCUGACCUACACACAAGCAGGGAUCGUCUCCGAGAUUUCAGCGACGGAAGGGAAUAACUCCGUCAUCCUGCAUGUAGCAGAAGGGAAGGGGAUUCAGGAGGAACAGGGGAUCGUGACGGGAGGGCAAGAUGGCGGCAGUGCUGGCGGAAAUGGCGGGGAGGACUCCAAUCAGGUUUUCGUCAUCAUUCCUCUCGGUAUGCUGCGCCAUGUCGACAACAAGGGGGAGGGGGGCGUGGAGAGUUGGGAGGGAGGGCGGCAUCAGGUGGUUGCAGGGUACGAUGGUGCUCAGAACGUGGCUUUAGCUUUACCAAACACUACUCAGCCCCCCUCCCACCCCGUGAGAGCAGAUGUAGGUCAAGGUUCAAGUGAGGAAGUUGCUGAAAAGAGCUCAAGCUCAAACCAAGAAGGGGGGGCCGAAGGGGGUGCCAACCAACUCAGCUCGCAAGACAGGGCGUGUCUUGAAGAGCUCGAGAGAGGUUCGCAACUCAGUGCUGAGGAGAAAGAACUCCUCGAGGAAAGCACGCAACAAGCUGGCAUACAGAUACACGAACUUGACUUUCAAGCCAGCAGCAAUGUGAACAGCACAACGCUCAUGACCCCGCAAGAGCUCGAGCGAAUGCCCGAACACGGUCUAGAAUUCGAGGAAUCUGUCGGCCCAAAGGAGUCUGAAGAAAGAGACCAGGCAGUUGGCAUUCAAAAUGAAGGAAUGAUAAACUUUAAUCCGACAGACAAUAGAGCAGCAGUGACUGUGCAGCCUGAUGGCGUAAUACAAAGCGCGGGAAAUGUUGCAGGGGCUUCUGGUACGCCCAACUCGGACGUAGUCUUCACGAGCGUCGUGUCCUCCAACCAAGUGAACCACAUCCUAAAGGUCGACAGCGAAGGAAACCUUAUUCUUCCAACCACCGACGUUGGUGGUGCUCUUCUCGCUGGGUCGUCCAACUCAGGGAUUUCGCUAGGGGGUGUCAAUGUGUCCAUGCAACCGACAUCGAUAAUUCUUCAAAACAGCGGGACGUCUUCGAUUAUAUUAAAUGCAGGUCCAUCCGGACUGUCGGUGACGUCGGGUAACACGUCCACACCUCUAGACUUAUCGAACAGUUCUGAAACAGAGGACAGUUCUGGUAACAGUAAAAACAAGAGCGCAAAAGACACCUACAUUAUUGACAACUCUUACAUAGGCGGUUCUAAUUUAGAUGUUAGCAAAGAUGACUCGCCGACGCAGGUUUACAUCUGUCCCGAACAGGGGUGCGGAAAAAUUUGCAGUAAAAAGGCCAAGUUCAAGCUGCACAUGCUAUCGCACACGGGCGAACGUCCGUACAAGUGUUCAUAUGAGGGCUGCCAGUGGGCCUUCACGACGGCGUACAAGUUGAAGCGCCAUGAACAGUCGCACGACGGGAGCAAGCUGUACAAGUGUGAACUGGCGGGUUGCGGAAAACGGUUCACGACCAUCUACAACCUGAAGCACCACAUGAAGGGACAUUAUAACCAGAACGUGGAAGUGUGCACGUAUGAGAACUGUGGACAGACCUUCAAGUCCAAGUACAAGCUGCAGAUGCACAUGAGGAAACACAUCCCCCCUGAUCGACCUUUCAGAUGCGACUUUCCGGGCUGUGGCAAGACGUUUGUGACAGCGAGUUCCUUCGGCUCCCACCACCGUAUCCACGAGAAGGAAGAGACGGAGUUCACCUGCUCGUUCGAGGGCUGCAACAAGAAGUUUGACAAGGCCUGUCGUCUGAAACUGCACAUGCGGAGCCACACGGGGGAGAGGCCGUUUGUGUGUGGUGUAGAGGGUUGUGGUUGGUCGUUCGUCUGUGUAUCCAAGCUGAAGAGGCACAUGAGUAAGCACACAGGUGACCGUAAGUUCAUGUGUACGGAGGAAGGGUGUGGCAAGUGUUUCACACGCUCCGAGCACCUCAAGGGUCACAUGAUCACCCACAGCGGCGACCGGCCCUACAAAUGCAGCUUCCCAGAUUGUGAUGCCAGUUUCUCGGCACGAAGCAGUCUCUACGUCCACACAAAAAAGCAUAACGAAGGCCUGGAGCCGAAACCCCCUACUGUGUACGACUGUCCAGUUGAUGGCUGCGACAAAACAUAUCGAAACAAGAGCAGUCUCAACUCACAUAUCCUUAAAAUUCAUCUUCCAGGUUUUACCCAGGAGGAUCUACAGGGGGUUGACCUGAUGGCAGCAGCAGCCUCCCUGAACACCUUGGGUCUGGAAACCCCCGUCACAGCCUCGGCCUCUGUGUCCAGUCUCCCCCUGGCCUCGGCUGUGGACACCUUCCCAGUCACUGCUGCAGACUCCUUCUCAUCUGUUACACAGCCUGGUGCAGCUAAAGCCUCAGACAUGAGUUUUGAGGGUCAGGAGCAGCGUGUGUCAGACCUGAUGGUGACCAGUAGUGUGGAGGACCACAUCACCCCCAGCUUCCCCACGGAGAUCAUGUCCCAGCACAUGGGCAGCAACGUCGUCACCCAGUUUGUCGUCAACAGUAGUCUCAGCAGUCCGCCACACACCUUCACUGGCGUAACAACAACUCAGGAGCAGGAGCCCAUCCCCAUCACACCCACCAGUGAUCUGGACGCUGUGUCCAUCUUCCAGGAGAACCGCUCGGGUUCUGCCAGGACCGACUUCCGCUUCCGCUCCAAGAGAAACCGGCAGGCGGCCAUAACGCUGAACCGUUCACUCAGCAUGGACAGUUUCACAGACAUUGACAAAGAUGGGGAUGGCAGAGACCACAGCCUGUCUCCGUCUAAUUCUGACAUCGCGCCGUUCAGCCCCGGAGACGUCGUCAUCACGUCCUCGCGGUCGUUCAGCGCCGGUGACCUGAUCAUGACCUCUAGCGCCAUCACGCUGAGGGACCCCAACACUGGCUCACACUAUGUACAGACGCAGCUCUUACAGGAUGACCCCCCUGGUGAUGCAGACAUGACCUUCAACCCGGACAACCUCCAGCUACCCCCCCACAGCUCACAGACCCCUAUCCCCCCAGACCUCCCCGUCAACAUCCUCCAGGAAACCCCCUCCCACCCGGACAGCGAUCUGGACGAAUCCAUGGACGUAGACGCGACCGAAGCGUUCCGCCUCGAGCCUGCAGUGAGCUCGGCAAGCGGAGUCAACCAAUUCACCGAGAGUACUAUCAAUCUGCAAGAUCUCGAGUGAUGUUAUUAUCACAAUACUUAACUGUCAAUGGAUUGACCAAGAAAUCUAUGUACACAUGUAUUCUAAAUGUUAUCGUUACGAUAUAGCAGUGGAUGGAUUUAAAAACUAAGGAAAAAUCCAGUAAGGCUCUUGAAAUAAAUAUUUUCUCAUAGCCAUCAGUUGCAUUUAAGGACUAUGAUCGUACUUGAUGUUGUAAAAUAUGAACUUACGAAUAAAAUGCUUCCGACUAUCCUUGAA